CUCGUCAAUUUCUUACUAAAUUCUUACAAUUUAAAACUUUUCCAUUCCUAAACUACAUGAGAAGCUGAAAAAAGGACGUGGUCAUUUACCUGGCCGCAUACAGGAAGUAAAUACAAUUAAUUUUAAUUUCCACAUAAAAUUAAACGAUGUCACUCAGAGGAAAUGUUGGUCCAGUGCGCAUGUCCGUCCCUUUGCAGAUAAUGUGGUAGUGAAGAAUUCUCAGCGAUUUUCUAUUUUUCCAUCUAUUUCCACCACAUUUUCCGUGCAUAAAUGUACAGUAAGGAUUCCAACAGGAGGAAAAUUCUCAAUCCCAAUUGCGAGAGCACAAAGAAGAACGUCCACAAUGUUGCGGAGAAGUGGUCAGUUGUUGGGAUCUUUAUGAUCUUUAUUUGCUGGCAAAUCUCCGCUAAUCUCUAUCAGUGGCAUGCUGAAGAAGGUGAUCUCGCCCGAGGUGCUGGGAAGACCUUGAAGAUCCUCACUGAAGUGCUCAAGAGCAAGAAAAUCAAUACAACAAUUGAUUUCUUGAAAGAAGAGAUUUCUAGGAUUGAGAAAAAUGCCCACAAAGAUCAGAAGAUUGUCAUUGAGAGUGGAAUUGUUUCUGGAUCCUAUCAGGAUGGGCAAACAACACGUGUUUAUCACAAUGUUGAAGCUCUAUCGGUGAAGAUUGAGGGUGGAAGUAGGGAUUCCUUCCUGGUGGCUCAUGCCAGUGAUCACUUCCUGUACGACUCUGAAGUGAAGAGUGCCCAUGAAGCUGCUAAUCUCUGUUGUUUGCUCGAACUUCUCAAGAGCUUUGCGGUGAGCUCUGAAAAACCCAGGAAUUCUCUAAUUUUCCUCUUCAGUGGUCUUCAGGAAUUUCUCAGUGAUGAAAAACCCCAUCCGUGGAAAAAGGACAUUCGUGGAUUAAUCUUCUUGCCACAUUUUGGCGCCAAUGGGCGGCAUACCGUUCAAUUUAGCCUUGCAUCGCACUUCCUGGUUAAUGCCUACACCAGGAGUGUUCCAAAUCCCAGUAUUCAGGUGGCACAGGAGGAGAUAGCUGAGCUAACGGGUCUUGCACGGGAUUACGGUCUAAAUUUCCUCGCGGAAAGGAUGAAAGUUCCUGCAAUCGGUUUCAUGCCACAGGAGGAGUUCUUCUGGAAAACCAAAUACGAUUCUGCGGAAUCAAUUGCCUUGAAUGGGUUCCAGAGACUCCUCGACGGUGUCCUUUCCUUGCUCAGAGAUCUCUCAACACUCUCGCACUUUAGCUCCCAACCCACUGGUGUCUACUUUGACUUCUUGGGCAUCUUUGCGGUGAACAUCUCACGCCAAUUGGGUGGUUUAUUUGUUAUCUUCAUCUCCUUCCUGGCCGUGGCUGUGCCUUUUGCAUCCCUUACCCACUCCACGAGGGAUUUUCACGUACGCUUCAUCUGGAUUGAGGCACUAUCCACAUUCAUCUCAGCCACAAUGGCUGUCUUCGUGACUGCCACUGUGAUCUACGCAAUUGCCGUGAAUUUGGAUGCAAGUGGAAAGCCAAUGGCAUGGUAUGGGAAUCACUGGCUCUCCGUGGGGCUCUACAGCAUCCCCACACUUGCCCUACUAUGCUUCAUUCACAUCCGCAAGGCCAAUCCGGAAGCCCCCAUAAGUCUCGGAUUGAGAGUUCAGAGUGCUCUGUUGGGAAUAAAUCUCGCAUGGAUUGUCCUUGCCACGGGGCUCUUUUUCACCGGCUACAGACUCUUCUAUCUACCCACCAUCCUUCUGGGAUUCUCCCUCAUCCCCACCCUGAUUAUUUGGCUGUUUAAUCUUCAGAAUACAGUAAAUCUGUGGCUGUACGUUCAUCUCGGUGGCCAAAUGAUCAUCAUGAUAUGGACCAGUUUUAUCUAUCACACCACAAUCCACAUGCUAAUCCCAAGGACUUCAACUUUGGGUGCUACACACAAUCCGGACGUGGCCAUUGGAGCCAUUUGUGCCACUUUCACAUUCUUCACUACCAGCUACAUGGUACCCCUUACGUUGCUCCUGCCUCAGCGGAAGCACCUUGUUUACGGACUAAUGGGAACAUUUCUCAUCUUUCGCCUAAUCCUUGCCAAUAGUGGCUUGGAAUUCCCCUACAGAGAUGACACUCAGGGCCUCCCAAAGCCACAAAAAUUAAUCCUCAUGCACACUCUCCGGACUUUCUAUGACACAGACGGACGAAUUAGGUACACAGACUCAGGAUUCUGGAUGCAGGAGUUGGAUAGAAAUUCCCGGAAGACACUGGAGAGUCUCUCAGCACCGGGAAUGCCAAUUGUGCAGAAUGAUGCUGAUCUCUGUGCAACGGAUGUGGCGUGUGGCCUUCCAUUCCAGCGGGAGGAUCAACUCAAAACCGGAGGAUUCUGGCUACCAUCAUCAGGACCACUAAUACGGGAUCAUACGCACUUGAAAUUGGAAUCAAGGAAGGUCAUAACACCGGUUGUGCACCAGCUGGAUCUGUCGGUGAUCCCAAAGAGACAGAUGGCUCUUGUUAUUCGUCCCCGGGACAACGUUACCCUCAUCCAGUGGACUCUAGCACGUGAAAUCCCACCAAUGAGGGAUUUUUUCAAAGACACCGGGCAUUUCGUGCGGAUUGAGAGUGGCUUUCCGGGGGAUACGCUCAAUUUUACGCUCAGCAUGAAGAUUUCUGGGCAACAAACCCCAGAUGUUCUCGUGGAUAUCCUACUUGUGGCCACAUUUACGCACCUCUCAGCCGAGUAUACGCCUACAUUUACAAAUAUGCUCGUUAAGAUUCCCCCUUGGGCAUCUGCAACACCCUCCCUGGCCACCGUCAAGGGUUACAUCUUCUAAUCUUCUCCUAAAGAAUUCAAAUCUCUCUCAGCACAUUCAAGAAAAGAACAAGAAAAAAGCUUUCUUUCCCCAAACUCUUCAGCAAUUUAUAACAAUUUAUCACAAAGUUUUUCUAAAAAAAAAAGCAUUAAAAAUGGCAAAUUCUGUCAUUUUAAAUUUAUUAUUGUAUCCAAUUUGAGGCAAUAUUCAAUAUUUUAAAGUAAUUGUUGAAAAUACGAUUAAAUCGAAGAUUUUUGUGCUAUGUACAAAAUAUUUACAGAAUAUAAUAAAAAAAAAACUAUGAGGCUCCUAAUGAAAAA